AUGAAUGCGAUCUCUAUCAACAUAAGGGGGUUCGGGGUCGAGAAAAAAGCCAAGUGGAUUAGGGAUCUCAGACGUGCAAAGAAAGUUCAGCUUCUUUGGUUUCAGGAAACAGGUUGUGAUGUUUUGGUGAAUUUUGUGAAUGUUUGUGCCCCUCAAAAUCAGGUGGGUAAGAGAGAUUUGUGGUCUAGACUCUUGAAUGUUAUAAGAUCCCGGUCAGGUGUUUGGUUCUUCGCAGGAGAUUUUAAUGUUGUUCGUGGCCCAGAAGAAAGAAAAAACUCUAAAUUUAAACCUCUGUGUGCUAGAGAUUUUAAUAGCUUUAUUUUCGACGCGGAGUUGUGUGAAUACGAGCUUAAGGGGUCGAGAUUCACUUACAUGGUUGAAGGUGUUAGGGGCAGAAAAUUUAGCAAGAUCGAUAGAGUGUUGGUUUGUAAGGAGUUCCAGAAUAGAUGGCCUGAUGCUUGUGUUCGAGUCCUUCCCCGGGGGUACUCGGAUCAUAAUCCUGUUUUGUGUUCUGUUAACAACUUGAACUUUGGGCCGAAACCUUUCAGGUUUUUUAGUUCUUGGCUAGAGAGGGACGAUUUUCAUAAGGUUGUGGAAGGUGCUUUGGCUGAGUUUCAGUUCUCUGGCCCCCCUAAUAAGAGAAUUCAUCUUAAAUUCAAAUUUUUAAGAGAUAAAUUAAGGUUAUGGAGAGAUGAUCUCCGGGUUAAAGAGGGAGAGGAGGAGGUUCGGGCUAAAGAGGAGCUUGAAGAGCUGGAUUUGUUAGUGGAGGAUAGAGACUUAUCCGAUGAGGAGGAAUGGAUUAGGUUGGAGUGCAAAAGGAAGCUUCAAUUUAUAGAAGAUAUGAAGUCAAAGGACCUCAAACAGAAAGCUAGAACUCGGUGGGCUAUGGAAGGGGACGCCAAUACUGCUUUUUUCCAUGGCUUAGUCAACAAAAGAAAAUCGUCUAACGGUAUUCACGGCCUUAUGCUAAAUGGGUAG